AUGCUGAGAAUCCACCAAUCAGAUUACUUCCAAAAAAUUGGAACUCAGCAAAAUCCUUCAAAACCCGAUUCUCAUAAGAAGAAAGAGAAAUCAAAGGGAAAAAAGGAUCAAACUCACGCUUGUCCAAAGGUUAAGAAAAAAAGGCUUGUGUCAUAUGAUACAACAGAACCAGAGGAUGAUGAUGUCACAAGACAUAUUAUAAGGCUAAGAGAUAAGUUUGGUUGGCAAACGAUGUUACCACAGCACUGUUUGGAGUAUAAAAGUUCCAAAAUUGCAAUUCAGAAGAUUAUUCUAAAGGAACCUUUAACAGAUGAUGGAGAAUUUGUAUAUUGCCUUCCUCGGAAAAAUCAUCAAGUUCUCUAUAAUCCAUAUGAUCUUCAGGUGGUCUCUGCCCACAGAGCUAGACAUUGCAAAGAAUUUUGGAUUAUUACUGCAUCAUUUAUCUCAAAGGUUACUAAAAUAGGUGAUGUAGAAGAAAUAGAACUCAUACCUACUUUGGAAUGGCUUUUAGAAAGAACAUGUUACUAUUUAUUACAGCAAUUCAAGAUAUUUUCCAAUUUUCGGUGCACCACAGCCAUCUGGGCAAGCAUCCCAUCCAUCCCUAGCCAUAACUGCACCCCAGCUUGCCAGCUGGAUAGGUCUCGAACAUAUUCUCUAGAUGAAUUUUGUAAAGAACAGUUACAGCAAGCCACCCAGGCACUGAAGCAGCUUGAGGAUAUCAGAGAUAAAGCUAUUUCCGAAAUCAAAAAUACAGUUUUACAGGUGGCAGAAAAGAAAGAAAUUAAAGAAUAUUUUGAGUCAAACGUCUCUGAAGAUGACACAGUACAUUUCAAGCUGCCUAAAUAUCGAUGUUUAUUAAAAACAGUUUUGAGGUUUCUGCUACUGGUUGACUACAUAUUUCAGGAACUCAUCCGUCAACUAAUGAAUACUGCAAUCACACUACUUUUGGAAUUAUUUAAUAAUUCUGCUAGAAUGCCAUUUUCAAUGGAAAAAAGGAAUGAAGAUCUCAUUAAUGAGUUGACCAUAGAUGUAUGGGUUUAUUUUUGGACUCUAAAUUUCAUUCAGUUGAUCUCCAAGAUUAUUCCUCUUUGCCGAGAUCCUCGCCUGUCUCUUUUUACUGAAUCGUUUUUAAUUACGAGUUUGCCUAAUAAGACUGAAAGUGGAAUGGCCUAUAAGAAGCCAGCCAGAUGGCCAGAUUGUCAGAUCCUUUUUGAGAUGGAUCCUAUCUACCAAAAUAAAAUUGCCAGUCUCCUGACUGUUGUUGGUAAUUCCAUGGGGCAAGUUAAUGUUUACAGCUGCAAGUUUAUAAAAUACUGUUCCAUGGUACAGAAGGCCAAAGCCAUGAGUAUGAAAAUCUCAUCGAUAGACGAAUUGACUUCAGUACAGUUUAAAACUAUCCUGGCUAAAUUCAGAAACUAUCUUCAAUAUAUUAUUAAUAUGGCCAUUGAGAAACGCAUUGGUAUUUUCAAAGUUGUAAGUCUCAAUUAUCAGUCAGAAUGCUUACCAUAUGUUGAGAAUGUCAUACAUCUGAUCCACAACCUCUUGCGAUCUGUAAUUGAAAGAAAGAAUACAAAUCUACUGGAAAUCGUGGAGUCAUCACUGCGAAAGCUGGACUCUGAUCCCACUGAAAUAGAAGAAUUUGUGGAACAUUUUACUUUUUUGGAUGCAAUUUCCUCAAAAAUAUUUGCAUUAGAAAAAGAGUACUCCACGGUUGCUCAGCUGCAUUCUGUUGUACGGUAUUACCAGAUUCAGAUUUCAGAAGAGCAAAUUGCCAUACACAAAAUUCUUCUUGGCAGGUUUGGUCAACUAAAAACUUCUGUGAAGCUAAGCAAAACAAAUAAAGAUGCGGCUAUUUCUAGAUUCAGAGACAAUCUGGAAGCACACAUCACUGGUUUGCGAGUUGACCUCCGUAACUUAAAGGCCAAGGAUCUUGUGGAUGAGUGGGAUCAGAACUUGACUCUCUUCUCUCAUACUCUUGAGGAAUGGAUGAAUUGUCAAAGAAAUUGGCUUUAUCUUGAACCAAUCUUUCAUUCUGUAGAAAUACAAAGGCAGCUCCCAGCAGAAGCAAAACUCUUCUCUCAUGUGAUUUCCAUGUGGAGAGAAAUAAUGUUAAAAAUACAAAACAAACUGGAUACUUUGCGAAUAACCACCUCUGCAGGAGUCCUUGAAAUUCUGCAAAAUUGCAAUACGUGUCUUGACUAUAUAAUGAAAGGUCUGGAGGACUACCUUGAAAUUAAAAGAAUGAUUUUCCCAAGAUUUUACUUUCUUAGCAACGCUGAACUCCUUGAUAUUCUAGCUGAUAGCGGAACUCCUGAGUCUGUACAGCCUCAUCUUGUGAAGUGUUUUGAAAAUAUAAAACAAUUACUGAUAUGGAAACAAGAAAUCGGACCUCCUGCUGUGAUAAUGCUCAUAUCUGCUGAGGGGGAGACUCUUCUGUUGCCCAAGAAAAUUCGUGUAAGAAGUGCUGUGGAACAGUGGCUGGUGAAUGUAGAGAAGAGCAUGUUUGAUGUGCUGAAAAAUGAGCGUUUAUUUUUCAAUGAUCGUCUUUCUAUCUUAAUUUUUCAGAGCCAGAUCAUGUUUUAUAAUGAUUGCAUCAAAAGUUUCGUGAGUUCUCAUUCAAGAGCAGAGUUGGAGAAGGUCCAUGCUGGCGUGAUCCAUCACCUAGAAGAGAUUGCAGAGCUGGUGGCGCUGGACACCAAUAACUCCCGCACACAGGUUGUCCUGGGAGCAUUGCUCACGCUCCGCGUGCACUGCAGAGACAUCGUGAGAGAUUUACUGCUGAAAGGCAUCUCCAGUGCGGGCGAUUUUGAGUGGACGAGGCAUUUGCAGUAUAAAUGGAAUGACAAACAGAAGUUGUGCUACGUGUCUCAAGGAGAUGCCAGCUUCACGUACGGCUACGAGUACCUGGGCUGCACUCCCCGGUUGGUUGUUACGCCCCUUACUAACAGGUGCUGGCUCACCCUCACCGGAGCACUGCUCCUGAAUCUUGGAGGCUGCCCUGUGGGCCCUGCCAGCACGGGCAAAACGGAGAGUGUCAAAGAUCUAGCCAAAUCCUUAGGCAAACAUUGUGUGGUCUUCAACUGUUUUGAGGAUUUGGAUUAUAAGAUAAUGGGAAAAUUCUUCUUUGGACUGGUGCAGUCAGGUGCGUGGUGCUGUUUGGAUGAGUUCAAUUGGAUUGAUGUGCAGGUCCUCUCGGUGAUUGCGUCACAGAUCCUCACAAUCAAGGCAGCAAAAGACAGCUAUUCUGUCAGGUUUGUACUGGAAGGAAAAGAAAUUCGUAUCAACAUGUCUUGUGCAGUAUUUGUCACCAUGAACCCUGGGUACAAAGGUCGAGUAGAACUCCCAGAUAACUUAAAGUCUCUGUUUCGCCCUGUGGCAAUGAUGGCCCCCCAUUAUCAAAUGAUUACUGAAAUUAUGCUGUUUUCACUUGGUUUCAAAUCUGCAAAAUCACUCUCUGGAAAGCUGGUUAGCGUUUAUGAAUUAGCUAGUAAGCAGCUCUCACAACAGGAUCAUUAUGAUUUUGGCUUGAGGUCUCUGAAGACCGUUUUAAUAAUGGCUGGAAAGAAGAAACAGAUGUUUAAAUGUAACACCAAUGACCAUCUUUCUGAAACGGAUGAGACUCCGAUCAUUAUUGAGGCUCUGAGAGAAGCUAGUUUGCCAAAAUUUCUCCCUGAAGACGUCCCACGUUUUGAAAAGAUUAUAGGAGAUAUUUUUCCUGGAGUGGCAGUUUCAACAGCAAAUCAGAUUGCCUUGGAGAAAGCAAUAUUUAUUGCAACACAACAGUUGGGCUUACAACACUGGCCAGCUCAGAAAAAGAAAAUCAUACAGUUUUAUAAUCAACUUCAGGCUUGUGUUGGUGUGAUGUUAGUAGGUCCAACAUGUGGAGGAAAGACAACAGUCAGAAGAGUUUUAGAAAGAGCAUUAACACUAUCACCAGUUGAAGACUUCCUAUCAAGUAAAGAAAGGGAAUCUAUUUCACAGAUUCCAGGAAGAAAAGGAAAAGUAGAUAUUUGUGUUUUAAAUCCAAAGUGUAUCACUGUUGGUGAACUGUAUGGACAACUGGAUCCUAAUACUAUGGAAUGGACUGAUGGAUUAUUAUCAACAGCAGUUCGAAAUUAUGUAUAUUUUAACACUGCAAGGAACUCAAAGAAAGACAGCAAUUUCGGACUGAAAUCAAGAAUCUCAGAUGCAUCUAAUAAUGGAAGGACAGAAGCCUUAGCUGAAAAUACAUGGUAUCUGGAGAAGAAUCCUGAUAAAUUAAAAAUUAUGCUUCAAAAGCUCUUCGUGUUUGCAUUUACUUGGGCGUUUGGAGGAACUUUAAAGCGUGAGGAUGAGCAUGAAGAUGACACAGUACUGUAUUCGAGCCACGAGCCUGAUACUCCUGCCAGAGUGACCUACGAUUUUGACAACCUUGUGCAUGAAUUAUUUGAAAGCAAUCCACAUAUAGGUAAGUUCUGGGGGAAGCAGAGAGGCAGGUGGAAGAAGAAAAAUUGCAUCAAUCUACCAUCCGGUAAACGUUCUAUCUUUGGCUAUUUUGUGGAUUUACAGCAAUGCGAAUUCAUACCAUGGUCAGAAUUACUUCCUAGUAUUCAGACACUAAUUCAAAAAGGAACGUCAGUACUAGUGGACCCUGAAGGAUCGAGUGAAAACCUCUUGAAGAUCCCAGAAUUUGGAGAGAGCAUCAGUCAUAUUGCCACCAGAGAUACAGUGUCCCUUUCCUUCCUCAUAAGCCUUCUUUUAAAGAAUUUCUGCCCUGUACUUCUCACAGGAGACCCUGCUGUUGGGAAAACCAGUGCCAUUAAUGAAAUGCUUCAGAAGUUGGAGGGCCCUGGAGCACUGGAUGUGAAAUAUGGCUCCAUCUUAGGAGAAGUCCUACUAUACAAUGAAAUUAAAAAAUCAAGGUUCCUGAAGCAGAAUAUCAGCAUCUUGCUUUCUGAAACCCACAAGACAGCCGCUGGAAGUCGAGAUAAGCCUAUUAAAAAGCCAGCAGUCAGAAUUGAUGAAAGUUCAUUGAAAAGUGAUAAGAAAGGAAUUAUAGUCUCAACAGUAAAUUUUAGUGUCAGUACCACAGCUGCCAAAGCCAAGGAGAUGGUCCUGAAGAAAUUAGUAAGAAGAACCAAAGACAUUCUUGGAGCACCAAAGAACAGCAGG